CGCCUCCUCCUCCCCUUCCCGUUUAAAACCGACCUGGAGUCUGUCAAUCUGUCAUUUGGUGCUGAGUGACUGGAGGAAUCAUUUGUUUCAGAUAUAAGGUGUUCGGCCUCUCUCAUUCAGCGCCACCAUGACGCACAUCGCUCCUCUUCUCGCUGUCAUUUUGACAUCAUCACUCCUGCGCUGCGCGGCUGCAGAGGCAUCGAUCCUCUGCACCUGGACUAAAGUUUUGCCUAAUGAAGAAGUGCAUUUCAGUUUCCUCCGGAGCGACCCCCGGCAGGCCUCUCCAUCUCUGCGGCUCUACCACAGCGCCUGGUCCGGGGAGCGCGCUCUGCGCAGCUGCGCGUGGAGCGACGACGCGGCAGUGAUCCAGAACUAUUUCUCUCUGUGCCGGGAGCGCACGCACGAGUUCUCCGACCACCCGGAUGGAAAGCUCGAUGUGGACUCCAUGUUGGAGACAGAGGAGCUGUGCGGGUCUGUGGCUGCCCUGGGGGACGGUGGGCGCCCGAGGCCGGCGAGGAGCGUCGGUGGACAUCAUCAGGGUCCAGCUGAAAGGUCAGAGGUCAGGAGCCAUCAGCGUGUAAAGCGUGGUUUCAUUGUGCCCGGGACUCUCUGGUGCGGCUCCGGCAACAAGGCGCCGUCAUAUGCAGAUCUGGGAGUUUUUGCAGAGACUGACAGCUGCUGCCGUGAACACGACCAGUGCAAACACACCAUCCUGUCCUUUCACUCCGAGUUUGGUGUCUUCAACAGCAACAUCUUCACCAUGUCUCACUGUGAUUGUGACAACAAGUUUCGCAGUUGUCUGAUGGAGGCCAAAGACAGCAUAUCCAACGUGGUGGGAUACACCUUCUUUAACCUGCUGAAGAUGCACUGCUUUGAGUUAUCCCACAAACUCCAGUGUAAAGAGAGAAACUGGUUUGGCAUGUGUAAAGAGACCCAAAUGGCUCUAUAUGCUGAGGUUUAUCCGCCCACGGUGUACGAGUCCCCCGAUCCAACCGAGGCCAGCAUGAAUAGCUCCUUCACAAACACCACCAUACCCACAGAGCUGCUGGGGAGCAACACGUCAGACUCCAUCGCUGCUGCUGCUGCUGCAGCAUUCACAGUCCCUACACCGUCAACGAGUCCCCCCUCUGCCUCCAUCACUCCCGUUACCAACGUUACCGCCUCCACGUCACAGGGACUCACCGGAUCAGCUCCGAACAAUCUGGAGAACACUUUACCGACCAAAAAACAAACUCAGUCUGAGCUGGAUAUCACAGAGAAGGAGCUGUCGUGUGCCGUCUAUAAGGAUCUGGACGAGUGCAGGAACAAGAUCCUUCCCCAGCGGAAGAGAUAUGGCCUCCACAACCCAGACGACAGGACGCUGUACCACUGCAACUGUACCACCAGAUUAUUUCAGACUUUGGCUAAACAGAGACAACUGACCGAAGUACAGGCUCUUCUGCUGGGACAUGUGUCUCAAUCCUGCUUCAUGCCGCAGAACUGCACAGCAGGCAAAAUCUGUACAUCAGUUGUGGUGAAAGCAGAGCUUCCUCGGCUGGAGCAGAGCAGCAGAGCAGACAUGGAGGAGCAACGCCAUCUACAGGCGGUCCAACUGAAGGUCAGGAGGCCAAACACGAGGAGAGCAAAGAGGAGAGACAGAGCUGUCAGGCUUCACAAACUGUGUCUCAGGAUGGUCCGGCCCAAACUCAACCAGAACAAGACCAGAACACACGGUCAGGGCGCACAUCAGCCAGCUGUGUGAGGAAGAGCGCUCGUCUCAGUGUGAAUACUAUGGAGAAUCAAAAGGGUUCAAUGUUAAAUAGAUAAAUAAGACAUUAAGUCUGUUGAUAUCUCACAACAUCCUGAUGAAAGUUUUACAUCACACGUAUUUCCAACAAGAUGUUAAAAUAAAAUACAAAAACACUGCUGGGUUGUAAUAAAAAUUACCUGCAAUAAACUCAGUGAAAAGAAUAAUAAUAAUGAGCUGAGUUUUAAAAUUUUGCAUGGUCAUACAACAAGUUUUUUAUCUGCAUCAUAUGAUUAUUUAUUUAUUUAAUAUUGAACACUUUGGGUCCCCGUAUUAUAUUGUAGUAUUAUGUAUUCAUAUUGUCUACAUCAGAGAUGUAGUGGAACUCAGUUUUGACCAAAUUGUGACCAAAUUUAACAACUUUUAUGGGAUUUAAAAAAAGAAAACUUUUUCUCAAUAAUAACAAAAGACUUUUCACAGCAAAGGCUUGGACAUAUUCUAAGAAGGAACAGCACAGGUAUGACUUAUAACAUUCAAUAAUAUUAGUUCAUUCAGGUAUGCCAGUUCAAGAGCGCUGCUACAGUAUAAUACAUGCUGGCUCACUGGAAUACCUUAUGUGAUUAGUUACACCUGUGCUUUCUUGUUAGCUUGGCUCCAGACUGAAAUAUCUAAACAACUUUUGGAUGAAUUGCAAUGAAAUUUGGUAUAGACAGUCAUGUCCCCCAGAGGAUGAAUCCUACUGAUUUUGAUGAUCCCCUGACUUUUCCUCUUGCGCCACCAUGAGGUUGACAUACAUGGUUUUCAGUAAAAUAUCUCCACAACUAUUGGACCGGGAAUACCUGGAAAACUAAUGGCAUUACCAUCAGCCUUACUUGCACUUUGUAUUUAGUGCUGAUUAGCACAUGUUAGCAUGCUAACAAGCUCAACCAAAAUGGUGAAUAUCAUCUGCUAAACAUAAGUAUGUUAGCUUUGUCAUUGGGAGCAUGUUAGCAUGUUGACAUUGGCAUUUAGCUUAAAGCGCCUACAGUAACUACAGUUAUAGCUGCUUGGAUGUAGACUAUGCUACAUGUCAAAAUGUCUGCCAUGAAAAGGGUCUAUAAGUUUGAUAUCUGUGGCACUUUUCCCUGACAUAUUGAUUAAAAAGGAGGUCAUAGUUUACCAACCUUUUUAUGUCACUGUGAUUGAGGUUUUAGCACUGAGUGUAUUUGUAAAAAUUUGUUCUGUGUUGUAGUGAGUUGUAUAUAUAUGCUAAAUAUGUAGAAAUAAAAUGAUGUAAAUAUA